AAACGUACGUGGACGUAUUUCAAAUUACUAAGCACUCUUGGAAGGCAAUCAGACGCGUCUUGCCAACUACACGCGUGUUGCCUAUCGCUCACUGGCAUACUCGACAAUGGGCAGCACAGAGCCCAUGACGCCACAUGAGGAGCAUCAAUAUCUCUCCCUCGUCCGCCGUGUCAUAGACAUAGGCGAAGUUCGGCCAGAUCGCACUGGUACAGGCACCCUAUCUAUCUUUGCACCCCCCUCUUUCCGUUUCUCUCUCGCAGAUGACACGCUCCCGCUCCUCACAACAAAACGCACAUUCCUACGCGCCAUAGUAGAAGAACUUCUCUGGUUUAUCCGAGGCAGCACGGACGCCCGAGUGCUCUCGCAGAAGGGCAUCAAAAUAUGGGACGGAAACGGAAGCAAAGAAUUUCUCGAGAAGCGCGGUUUGGGACACAGACGGGAGGGUGAUCUUGGCCCCGUGUAUGGGUUUCAAUGGAGACAUUUUGGCGCAAACUAUGUUGAUUGUGAUACAGACUACACCGAUCAGGGCGUCGAUCAGCUGAAGGAGUGCAUUCGGAAGAUCAGAGAUGAUCCGACUGAUCGACGAAUAAUCCUGAGUGCAUGGAAUCCAGCAGCUAUGCCGCUCAUGGCGCUUCCACCAUGUCAUAUGAUGUGCCAAUUCUACGUGCAUCUCCCCGUUACACCCGAUGCUCCUAAACGCCUAUCAUGUCUCAUGUACCAACGCUCAGCCGACCUUGGGCUCGGCAUCCCUUUCAACAUCGCGUCUUACGCGCUCCUAACGCACAUGGUUGCGCACGUUACGGGGACCAAACCCCACGAGCUCAUCAUCCAACUUGGAGAUGCGCAUGUUUACCGCGACCAUGUUGAUGCCCUCGAAAUACAACUCAAACGCGAACCCAAAUCAUUUCCAAAAGUCAAAUUCAGAAGGGAGAUAACUGACAUCGACGGAUUCGAUUCGGAAGACAUUGUGGUUGAAGGGUACGAUCCUCACCCAACGAUAGCGAUGAAGAUGAGUGUGUAGAUGUAAAAGCGUAGAAUGCGUUACCCUACUGCUACUGAAUUAUAAUACCAAGUUAUUUAUCGAAAAAAGAUCUUUGCAGGAAUGGUUAAUGAAUUAAUGGCGGCCUGGAGCCGAAGGCAAUCCUCUGCGCUACUCCGCAUUUGUCGUGCGCGUUUAAGUCAGACAAGUAUGUCAAAGUGAAAUGACAAG